AUGUCGUUUUUCAAUGACAUUAAAAAUGAUCCUUCCAUAGAAGUUUUUGAGCUAAAUAAAUUAUAUGAGGAAGAUAUAUGCCCAAACAAGUGUAAUUUGGGAAUUGGAGCUUAUAAAACUGAAGAUGGAAAUCCAUGGAUUUUGCCUGUUGUUAGAGAUGUCGAAAUAAAAGUCGCAAUGGGAUUAAUGUGUGACAAUGAAAAUUAUCCAGUUCUAGGUACUGAAUCUUUCACUUCUGCAGCAACUACUUUACUUCUUGGUGAAGAUAAUAGGGCUAUUAUAGAGAAAAGGGCAUGCGGUAUCCAAACCUUAUCAGGAACCGGUGCUUUGCGAAUCGGUGCAGAAUUUUUAGCAAAAGUCCUUGGUAGAACAACAUUCUACUACUCAAAACCAUCCUGGGAUAACCAUCGCCAAGUCUUACUAAAUGCAGGAUUCACUACGCCAAGAGAAUAUCGUUAUUGGAAUUCUAUAGAAAAAAAUGUUGAUAUUGAAGGACUUUUAGAAGAUUUAAAUGGUGCCCCCGAAGACGCAGUUGUUCUUUUCCAUUGUUGUGCUCAUAAUCCAACUGGUUGUGAUCCAACAAAGGAACAAUGGCGGAAGAUAUUUCAAGUAGUUAAAAAACGUAAACUGUUCCCAUUUUUUGAUUCGGCUUACCAAGGGUUGGCAACGGGCGAUCCAGAGGCUGAUUCUUGGCCUGCGAGAUAUGCUGCUAAUGAAGGUUUCGAGUUUUUUUGUGCACAAUCCUUCGCAAAAAAUUUUGGGUUGUACAAUGAACGUGUGGGAAAUUUGAUAAUAGUAACAAAAACUGAACAAGUUUUGAAUGCAAUAAAAUCUCAGUUCACAAUAUUGAUUCGUGCUAUGUAUUCCAAUACAACAAAUCAUGGUGCACGAGUAGUUGGAUUGAUAUUGAAUGAUAAAACGUUAAAAAGUCAAUGGUUGGAAAGUAUAAGAAUAAUGUCAUUUCGUAUAAGAUCACUAAGGAAAAAGUUAAAAACGCAUCUGCAAAAAUUAAAAAUACCCGGAUCAUGGGACCACGUAACACAACAAAUAGGAAUGUUUUUCUAUACUGGUUUAAAUGAUAACCAAGUAGAAUAUUUGAUGCAAAAAUACCACAUAUACAUAUUAAAAUGUGGAAGAAUCAAUAUGUGUGGAAUUAAUUCUAGUAAUAUGGAAUAUAUAGCAAGAGCCAUCGAUGAUGCUGUUAGAUCUGUAAAUAAUAAUGUCGAUUCCUGA